CGCACGUGCUCGCUGCUCGUCCUGCUCCUCCUCCCUCCCCCCGCCGGGAUUCUUAGCCCUCCAUCUUUCCCGACGUGCCCCAGGGCUGAGCCAUAGAGUAGCCGGGGCUGGAGCGGCCGCCCCCACCCUCGCUCUCUUGCUCUCGCUCGCUGGUUCUGUCGGCGGCGGCUAGUCGUGGGAGAGGAGGCGGCGGCGGCGGCGCUGCAACAUGGCGGCUGUGGAGGAAAGGGGCAGCCCCGAGGAGGAGAAGCACCUGAACGGGGAGGUGCUCUUGGAUCCCGAGGAGAGAGAAGGCGCGGCGGGGCCUGGCGCUGAAGAAGGAGCGAAGAAAAAGCGCAAGAAGAAGAAGAAGAGCAAAGGAGCCGCCGCGGGACAAGAAACCGAGAGAGAAUCUGAGACAACACUUGAUGAGGUGACAAAACAAUUAGAUAAACAAGCACUGGAGGAAAAGGAGAAAGAUGAUGAUGAUGAAGAUGGUGAAGGUGAAGGUGAUGGUGCAGCAGGGAAGAAAAAGAAAAAGAAGAAAAAGAAGAAAGGACCUAAAGUCCAGACAGAUCCUCCAUCUAUUCCAAUAUGUGAUUUGUUUACCAGUGGAAUAUUUCCAAAAGGUGAAGAGUGUGAGUAUCCACCAACACAAGAUGGGCGAACUGCUGCUUGGAGAACAACAAGUGAUGAAAAGAAAGCACUAGAUCAAGCAAGUGAAGAGAUCUGGAAUGAUUUCAGAGAGGCUGCUGAAGCACACAGACAAGUGAGAAAAUACGUUAUGAGCUGGAUCAAACCUGGAAUGACAAUGAUAGAAAUCUGCGAAAAACUAGAAGACUGUUCACGGAAGUUGAUAAAAGAGAAUGGCUUAAAUGCUGGGCUGGCAUUUCCCACGGGAUGUUCUCUGAAUAACUGUGCAGCCCACUAUACCCCUAACGCUGGAGAUCCAACUGUACUGCAGUAUGAUGAUAUCUGCAAGAUAGAUUUUGGAACACAUGUUAGUGGUCGUAUCAUUGAUUGUGCUUUUACUGUCACAUUCAAUCGAAAAUAUGACAGGCUGUUACAAGCUGUAAAAGAUGCAACUAAUACUGGAAUAAAGUGCGCUGGAAUAGACGUUCGCCUUUGUGAUGUUGGUGAGGCUAUUCAAGAAGUUAUGGAAUCGUAUGAAGUUGAAAUUGAUGGCAAAACAUAUCAAGUGAAACCAAUUCGCAAUCUGAAUGGACACUCUAUUGGACCAUAUAGGAUACAUGCAGGCAAAACUGUUCCCAUUGUGAAAGGAGGAGAAGCAACAAGAAUGGAAGAGGGAGAAGUAUAUGCUAUAGAAACCUUUGGCAGCACAGGAAAAGGUGUUGUUCAUGAUGAUAUGGAAUGUUCUCAUUAUAUGAAGAACUUUGAUGUUGGACAUGUGCCAAUAAGGCUUCCAAGAGCAAAACACUUGCUGAAUGUUAUCAAUGAAAACUUUGGCACUCUUGCCUUCUGCCGCAGAUGGCUAGAUCGUCUGGGAGAAAGUAAAUAUCUAAUGGCUCUGAAGAACCUGUGUGACUUGGGUAUAGUGGAUCCAUACCCUCCCCUAUGUGAUAUUAAAGGCUCAUAUACAGCACAGUUUGAGCAUACCAUAUUAUUGCGUCCAACAUGCAAAGAAGUUGUCAGUAGAGGAGAUGACUAUUAAAACUUCAAGGCCAUUACCUCACCUAUGUACUCUGUUGGAACACAUUAUGCCAGAAUAAAUUUGCAGUCUGUUUUAACAGUGGACCCAUGUGAUAACUUUCCAUGUUCGGAAAGAGGAAUUUAAUCAAAGGCAAGCUCUCUCAUGUAUCUAACAAAAGGAAAAACAGCUUUUGAGGCCUCUAGAGUAUUUCAGGUUACUUCUAUUUUUCUUUGGGGAAAAUAUGCUAUAAAGCUCAAUUUUUAGUUUGGAAUGAGUUAUACAUAUUGUUUUAAUAUUUUUGAGAGAAGGCUUUUCGAAUAUUUAUAUUACCAUAUUCCCUACUUGAAUGCUUUGAAUGACUACACCUGAUUUCUGCGCCUAAGUCGUCUCUGGUAUUGCCUUUUAACUUCCUGGAAUCCAUUUUGUAAAAAAUAAAGACAGAUUUAUGGAUCUAA